AAAGGAAACAGUAGCAUUCGACCUUUUAUUGUGCAGCGACUUGAGUGAAGAAACAUCAUGUCUGGCAGAGGGAAAGGAGGUAAAGGACUGGGCAAAGGCGGAGCCAAACGGCAUCGCAAAGUACUUCGCGAUAAUAUCCAAGGCAUCACCAAACCGGCUAUCCGCCGCCUGGCUCGGCGUGGCGGUGUCAAGCGAAUCUCGGGUCUGAUCUACGAGGAGACCCGUGGGGUGCUGAAGGUUUUCUUGGAGAAUGUGAUCAGGGAUGCGGUCACCUACACCGAGCACGCCAAGCGUAAGACGGUCACUGCCAUGGAUGUGGUGUACGCUCUGAAACGCCAGGGCCGCACUCUGUAUGGCUUCGGCGGUUGAAGAAUUAUUCCCUUUAUCCAAUCGACAAAACAAAGGCUCUUUUAAGAGCCACCAACCAUUUCACUGAGGGAGCAUUGACCGCGAGCAUGAUCACAUUAUGUAAUGAAUGAACUUUUAGUUAUUGCCCGACCGCUGCAUGUAUUUCUUUGAUUCUUGUUUUCAGCGGUUGUGAUGAAAGCUGAAGUUAGGCAGAUAUUCUAAAGGUUUAAACUGAGGAGGGGCAUAUAGUAGACUAUUCUCCAGGCCAAAGAUUAUAGAGGCUAUCCCCGUUCUCUCCUUUGCCACUUAACGCUUUGUAAAUCCAGCAAGACAAAGGUCGACUCGAAACUUCCCCGGGAAGCAGUGGUUUAUCUCCAGUCUCGGAUAGAACUGAAUAACAUCAGUUUCCACAUCUGGUCUGUAAAUUCGCACCGCGUAUUCAGAUUUAGUGGUUUACGGAGGUGAUUUAAAUUAAUUCGAAAUAAAGUU